AUGAAUAAUGUGACACUUGCUUUACGAAACGAAUUGAAUAUGAGCGAAAAAUCUUCAACAAGUGAAAGUAAUAGUGGAGAAAGUGAUAGUGCAGCAAAUGAUAUUGAAGAAUGGGAAGAAAAGAUUGAAACUCCAGCAGCUGAUUUUGUUGACAAUAUGCCACCACCAUCUAUUCGUGAUGAACUACAACCGAUCGACUAUUUUUAUUGUAUAUUCGGCAAGCAAUCAACAACACUCUUGACAAAUCAAUCAAAUCUAUAUUCUGUUCAAAAAAAUCUUAACAAACCGGUACGUAUUUCUGAAACAGAAAUGAAAAUUUCAAAAGAAGAAAAAUUAAGCAUUGGUGAACAAAUUAUUCCAUUUAAAGGCAAAAGUAUAAUGCAGCAACAUAUGCCGAAUAAGCCGAAUCGUUGGGGUUAUAAAAUGUUUCUUUUAGCUGGUGGCAAUAGUAGUAUAUGCUAUGACUUUAUUUUCUAUACAGGUAAAAAUGAUAAAAAGAAGUAUGGAUUUUGUACAGAUAUUGUACUGGGUCUUUGUGAAACUGUGCCACGUUUAAUCAAUUCCAAAGUAUAUUUUGACAAUUAUUUUACAACUAUUCGUUGA